AUGCUUGUAGAAGAGCUGAAAGAAUUGAAGAAAAGUUUUGUUGAGAGUUUGGAGCUUCAAAACACCAUGAUUCGCAAGAUGGAAGAAGAGGGGGAUGAGAAGGUGAAGGAAGAGCUCAUGAUAGCUAAUGCAACUAUGGAGAAGAUGGCUCGCGAUAUGACUAAAGUGUGUUUGCAAAAAGUAGGGGUUACAAUGUUGGUUGUUGGAACCUUAGGACGGAUUUGUGGGAAGCGUUUGAGUCGCUUUGUUGGUUCAAACCCAAAGCUAGCUCUCGCUAGUGGACUUAAAGCAGCAAGCUUUAGCAAGAAAGUUCCAACAACCAAUCUCUUAGGUUGGGAACGUUUCUUUCUCAAGCUAGCUCUCUUAGACAUUAUCGCAAACACAUUCUACGCGUCCUUCUACGCGUGCUAG